AUGUCCCACCACUCUCAUCCCCGCCUCAGUAACGCGCCAUCUGCCAACGCGCCGCCGUAUAAUGCACUUCCCACCGAUGCGCCGUCAGACCACGAUGCGCCGCCCAAUGGCUUACCCCCUAAUGACCCGCCAUACCGUCCAUUCCCCACUGGUAACGGCCGCCCUCCCUCUCCGCCUUCAGCACAAAGCUUUCAAAACCAAAUGGACGAAAAAACGCGGGGAAAGGCGUUGAAAGACUUGACGCAGUCGUGGAUGGACCGGUUGCAGCUUAUCAGUGUCAUUUCAACUUUCUUUGCCUCAACGGAAGCAGGCCUGCUUGAUGUAACAGUUCCGUUAGCCGGUGUUGGAGGCGGGGAGUUCGUCUCUGCUGCCGGCCAGGUUGCGGCUGCGUCUAUUCUGGCUGCACUAGUGCUGCACAUCUGGGCAUCGAUCCUCUCUUUUCUCGGCGCGUUCUUUGUCGUGCGCUACCGCCUGCGGGAAGCCAAGGAGGAACAAAAAGAAAUCAUAUUCACUGAAGCACCACCGCCAGACCCCGGCCUCCCGAGCCCCCUCCCCACCUCCGCGCUCCGCUCGUCACUUGUCCCUGUCUGGACAUCCAACCCUCAUGUGGAAGAGAUCGGCCCGUUCCAUCUCAAACCGCCAACGCAUUUGCUAAGCAAGAUCCACAAUCUAUGCAUCCUGCUCACGUUUGCUGGGUUUGGGCUCGCGGUCCUCGGGAUCCUGGCCAUCGCGUGGGGGCAGAGCCCCACAUCUGUUGGUGUAGUCAUAACCGUGUCGACCGCGGCGUGCUUCGUCGGGGCGGUCUGGGUAUUUGUCUAA